UGUAAACAACAUCAUUUACUAAUCUCUCUUAAAUCCACCUUUAUCACUCUAUAAAACCUACUAACUUCCUUACCAACACACUCAUCACUCUCACAAUGGCUUCAAUGUCCAUCACUCUUACUGCAAUCUUCUUUCUAGUCUCUACUUUCUCACCGCUCAGCGCUUCAGCACCGGCGUCAUUCGUACUUUACAACAAAUGUCCGCACCCAGUGUGGCCCGGGAUCCAGCCCAGUGCCGGAAAGCCCAUUCUAGCCCGUGGAGGUUUCAAGCUCGCCUCCAACCGGGCCUACACUCUCCAACUCCCAGCCCUCUGGUCGGGCCGCUUCUGGGGCCGUCACGGCUGCACCUUCGACGCCUCCGGACGAGGCCGCUGCGCCACUGGCGACUGCGGCGGGUCCCUCUACUGCAAUGGCAUCGGCGGAACCCCUCCGGCCACCCUGGCCGAGUUCACCCUCGGCAACGAGCAGGACUUCUACGACGUUAGCCUUGUGGACGGGUACAACCUGCCCAUCUCCAUCACCCCCUUCAAGGGAUCCGGAAAAUGCAGCUACGCCGGCUGCGUCAGCGACCUCAACACCAUGUGCCCAGUGGGCCUGCAGGUGCGUUCACGCGACAACAAACGCGUGGUGGCCUGCAAGAGCGCCUGCUCCGCUUUCAACUCCCCCAAGUACUGCUGCACGGGCUCCUACGGAAGCCCGCAGGCCUGCAAGCCCACCGUUUAUUCGAAGAUCUUCAAGACCGCUUGCCCCAAGGCCUAUUCCUACGCCUACGACGACCCCACCAGCAUCGCCACCUGCACCAAAGCUAACUAUUUGCUCACUUUCUGCCCUCAUCGCCACUGAUCUCUCUCUACUAUUCACCUACCACUUUAACUGCUUCCCUGUCAUCUUUUUUUUAUUUUGUAUUCCCCUUUUAGUAUAAUACUUUUUUUUUAUCCAUGCUCUAUGCUGUGUAUUCCCAUAUUUGGCAAUUCAUUUUCGAUCUGUGUCACAGAAUGUGGUAUAUGGCAUGUCACUGUUGCAUGGUUUGAAUUGGUUUUGGUUUGAUGAAUAUUAUUAUUACCUGAUGUGCUCGA